AUGAGGUCUUCCUCUGCUGCUACCUGUCAAUCUGACUUGACCCGAGCCUUAAAUUGGCCCGGUACGUCCAAAGUCUGGGCAGACGAGCUCAUGCAAUGCCUACCGAAAGGAUGGAACCGGCAGAAUACUGCCUUAACAGUAUCUGGUAGGGGAGAAACGGGCCGGACGGAUACAACACAGGCAGUAGGACGAACAGGCAUAGAGACCUGUUACCAGAAGGCCAGUCGCUUGGAUGAUUUAUAA